UUGUGACAUGCAGUUUAAUCUUCAACUGGCCAUUGUUUAUUCCUGAAAGCAUCUUGCUACCUUUGCUUCCUGUUUUUACUGACUUUUUAGCAUUUCAGGGAUCAAAGAUGAUGGGUCCAUCACAAGUCAGAAGAAGGUGGAGGCUGACAGGGAAGCCGCAAGGGAUUUGACAAGAACAGUCUCUGCUCUCUUUACACAACGAGAAGAAGCUCCUGUGGAAUGGCCCUGGCAGAGGCAACUCUUUCAACUCUGCUGGUCCUGCUAAGUCUGCACACAGUUGCAGGUAUGUCUGGCUGGUCUGAAUGCUCAGAAGGCCAGGAUGUGUUAGCAAAAAUCAAAGAAAACAGCCUCUCGGGAGACACUGUCGCUGAGUUUGUGGCAAACACCGACCCGAAAGGGGUUCUGUGGAGUCUGUCUGGGCGGGAUGCUGACUGGUUCUACUUAGACGGAAGAAACAUCCGGCUGAACACGUCAGCUGAAAAUAUCCUUGACCGAGAGACUCUUGGUCCAGUCUUAAUGGCGGAGCUAUCAUGUUAUGAGGAAGACAUGUUUCAGACUGUUUACAGAGUCAUGGUGGAAAUUCUUAAUGAGAAUGAUAAUUUACCCAUGUUUUCAGAAGAAAGCGUACAAUCACUUACUUUGAACGAGCUCACUUCAGUAAAUACUGUGGCUUUUACUGUCCAAGCUUUGGACGCUGAUGAUGAUAAGAUACUUUACUCAAUUGACCAAACAAGCCCUGACGCUGAGUACUUCAAGAUUGAUCUGCCAAACAGUGGUGAGGUGAUCCUUUCCAAACCGCUGGAUUAUGAGACUAAAACUCAGCUCACUGUCACCAUCUACGCUUCUGAAAUGAACACUGCUGAGCACUACAACAUCAGCACCAACGUCACCAUCAUGGUUCAGGAUGGAGAUGACCAGUACCCACAGUUUGUGCCCUGUGUGUUGCUGUUCCAGGAUGAGACCAGUCGAAUCUGCACCAGCCCUGUGUACAUGGUCAAUGUCACAGAGGGAGAAGAGGAUAUUGUGCUGGAAUUAUCUCCGGGUCCCAUUCAUGCAGUGGAUGGAGAUACAGGUGUCAAUUCCUCCAUCAGCUAUGCCAUUCUCUCAGAAGAUGAAGAUGGGCAAUUCAGUAUCAGCAGAGAGACCGGUGAGUUGAGACUGAUGAAGGGUUUAAAGGACAGACUCAUAACUCCUGUUGUGCAUCUUCAAGUCAUGGCGUACCAGGACGACGAUCCCAGGAAGUACUCUGUUGCGACAGUGAUGGUCAGGGUUCUGGCAGUGAACCAGUUUCAUCCAGAGUUUGAGCUGCCUGAAUACUGCGGCUUCGUCACAGCUGGAAAGAGUGCAGCCUCUCUGGUCAAUACAUACGGAAGCAGAGCUCUGAUUUUAAAUGUCCAGGACCAAGACUUUGAUAAUGGUUUCAAUCCAAUGAUCUACUUUGGCCUUGGUUCUACAUCCAACCACACUGAUAUUUACCAAGUCACACAGAGUGGACUCCUGAUCGCAAAGACCAGUCAUCUCAAGCCGAAGCAGAAGCACGUUCUUGAGGUUAUGGCUGUAGACCAGGAAUCUGGUGACUCUGCUUAUUCUACUGUAGUAGUGGAAGUGUUACCUGAAGGACAACUGAUCCCUCACAGUCCUCUGGUAAAUGAACGCCUGACAGGCUGCACUGUGGGCAAAGCCCUUUUCCUGAGCAUGGUGUUCAUGGGUGCAAUUGGAUGUAUCCUGUCUGUGUUGAUGUGGUUGAAGAGGAAACACAAAGGACUGAGAGACCCACUGGAGAGAGGCUGUGUAGCCCAGGGAAAGCACCCCAAUGUGAGUUUACGUUGGUUCCAGCUGGUGAAUCAUCGUACUGGUAUGCCACAUAUGGAGGAGGUAUCCUUCCAAAAUGAGGAAUGUGGUACCUGCAAUCUUUCCUUUAGCUUCCCAGACAAACCAGACAGUGAUACCACAAAGGACAUUCCUAUCUGCACAGGAUCCACUUCACCAACAGCAGCUGGUGUUACUGAGACCCCUGGCCCCCUUCCCACUGAAAGCUUGCAAAGUCCUGUGAUCCUAAAUAACAAUGCUUCUACGGCAACCAAAAUUUCCUGUGGCUCACCCGACUGUCACCCUCCCAAGGAGGAUAUGAGCCCAACACAUGUGAUAGAUGCUGACAGGCUGCCAAAGGGAAAUGCUGGCCUACCGUGUGACGUGACCUCAGGGCCUUCAGAACAGUCUAACACUGAUUUAGACCCAGUAACAAAGGAAGACACCAACCCUUCUCCUUUAAAUGAGCAAGAUGUGGAAACAAGCGCCUCAAACAACCUUGAUGAGUCAGCACCCUGCCCCUCCUCCCCAUCUAGCAAUGAAAUGACUUCAGCAAAAAUGGACAACACACUUCCAAAACCUAAUGAGCAGACCCUCUCACAUUCACCGUCACUGUCACCACCACCCACCAAGGAGACAGAUACACCUCCUCCCACCCCGGAGCAUGGCCCUUUAAAAGCCACUUUGGUGCACAUAGACACAUCCCCAACUGACACCCCUCCAGAUUCACCAGAGGGAACAGGACAGACUCUGAAUGCUGAGGCAGACCAACCCUCCACCUCCCUGGACCACAUAUAUCCAACAGAAGACGUCGAAAGCCCGUCUCCAGACCGGAGGCCCUCGACAAACUCAGGAAAUACCUUCAACAGUCGUGGAGAGGAGGAUGAGGACGGUUUUCUAGGUGAUGAUGAUGUGGACAAAAACAGUGAAGAUGCUGAGAGUGACCGAACAGAGUUCAGAAGAUGGAGCAGGUGAAAUAAAUAUGGAUGGCUAAGAGCUGAGCUGAGCAUCAAGGAAGCCAGAAACACUGGACAGGUUCUGCUGAGAAAUGGAUUACAGCGCAGUUAGUGCAAGAAGAAAAAACAUCCAGCAACACACAAUCAAGUGGAGAAAAUGCACAAUGCUUACUCUGCCUAUUAUAGUUUGUUUAGAUAACAUUAACUAAUGAAAGCCUAAUGCAGUUGACAGGAGGUAUUUAAAGAAUUUUUUUUUUUGUCAUUGUGACCGAUUUUGUUUUUAAAAGCUUCACCAAAUAUCCACACUUGUCAGUCAAUGACUACUGAUCUGUUUCCAUGUUGGUUGGUUUCCAAACUUUGCGUUUAUGAGGUCAGGAAAAGCUCUGCAUUUAAAGCCACAUGGGAAAGUAAAGCCAAAUUUAUUCUGCGUUGUUGUUCAAAACUCUAAAAUAAGCAUACAUAUAAAUGUAAUAUUUGUUUUUCAACCUUGUUAUUUACCUCAUGGUUUGUUUUAUAUUAAUGUAAUCACAAGAUU